AUGCGGUACCGCCUCGUUGUUGCUGUGCUUGUGACCACCUUUGUCGCUAGCGGCGUCAGCUUCACCAGCGCCGACUCGCACCCUACGGAAGACGACGUGAACAGGAACCUUGAGAUUCAUCCUGACAUAGAAUCUGCUGCCGACAUCAAGGACGAGGAGAGGGGUUUAUUUGGCGUCAACUGGUUCGGUUCUGCCAAAAGCCACAUUCCAGGACUGAAGGGCAUCGGGAACAAGGAUGACGCGGUUUUAACCACAGUGAAGAGCUCUCUUGGAAGGACAGACGACACGCUCGAACAGGUGGGUACGCGCAGUGACGAAAUAGUCGGAGAUGCCGUGAAGGUGAUGAGCCCCACUCUUCAGAAGGCAGAGCAGAAGGUUGCAGAGGCAGGGGUGGUCACUAAUAAACUGAAGGAAAUGACGAAGGAAGCGGCCAAAGCCUUGCAGGCUAAGCAAACAAAACUGGAGGGGCUAGAGAAGUCCUUGAUGGCUGCAAAGCUAGCGACGAGAGACGCUAAAGCCGCAGAAAAGGCGGCGACGGCUCUUGAGAAGAAGGCUGCACAAUCUAAGAGAAUCAUGGCUGAAGCUGACGAAAAGGGCGCGGCAGCACUGGUAAAGGGGGCUUUAGCAGAAACAAAGGAAGCGGGUAAGACACUUACAAAGGUGGGUAAAUUCUGGGAUGCCGCGAAGACCAAACAAGUCAAGCUCCGUGGUCAAGCCAGAAGAAUUGAGGCUGGCGGCGCAGUGAGACCGACAAAAAAGAUGGUUGCCGGUGCCCUCGCUACUGUGGCUAUGAUCUUCGCUGCGCUCGCUGGGAUGUCUGCUAUGAAGUCGGCCGCGAAUGACAAAUUGGUGCCUCUUGAAAGCAUGUCGGGCUCGGGUAUGUCGGACUCGAGUAUGUCGGACUCGAUUAUGCCAGACACGACUAUGUCGGGCUCGGAUAUGUCGGAUCUCCUCGGAUUGUAG